AUGGGUGAUACAGCAAAUAAGCACGAUCAGGAUACUGACGGGGAUAUCAAUUCUGGCGAUAACGGCCUCGACUUUCCUUCGGGCGCGCUGAGCUGGGAUCUAGGGCUGGCCCCUGCUGGAGACACAGGCAGUUCGUUUCGCGUGCAGAACGACCCGCGUGCGCCAUAUCAGCGCAGCAACGUGAUCGAGCGCAAAGGCACAAUCGACAUCCGCUGUUCUUGUCUUGACGUGAUCCAUGGACUGAUUUCCGAGCAAGCAGAGGACCAGUUUGCAACCCUGAUCGUCAUGGAAUAUCGGUUUGACGUCCGAAAACGCGCCAGACGGGUUGAGCAGGCCCAGAUCGCCCUUGAGUUCAAGGCUCGUGAGGCAGGUGAGACGGGCCCUGAAGUCUACGCCAUCGCUCCAGACGGUAACUUCAGCCUUGUCCCUACAAAUCAACGCGAGGAGAUAAAGAGAUCCAUUGAGGGCCAGGCAGGAGCUUCUGCACCGGUGGGAGGACUAAGUAUCACCGGGACGGUCGGUUGGGAGAAGACCGUCAGCCGCGAGACGGAGGACCACUGCACAGUGGUGGGAUCGCGGGACUUGGUCGGCCGCAAUUGGGGGCCUGCGAACAGCGCAUCCUGGACGCUUCUGGAGAACUCAUCGACCAAGAGUGGUGUUCCGUCCUUGCUGCGCACCGCCGUUCUGCUGCGAAGGGAGGAUGAGCAGCCUUUCGAGUGUGUGGUGAAGCUCACGGCCGAUGUUGUCACUGGUUGGCGGGAGCGGCUUUGGGGAGGCAAAGGACGAGUCCCCAAGGAUGAUCCGGUCAUUUUCGACCCCCUGUUGGACCCGACAAAUCAUUUGCAGGAAUAUGAUGUCUACAAUCUGGGACAGGUUGAUUUGGAGGGGCUGUGCAGGGUCACGCAUAAGCGGAAUUGGCAGGACGCGCCCGAGCAGUAG